AUGCCAGCCGAAAUGGAACUAUUAGAUGUUAAUUCAACUGCGCGUGACGUAGAGGAUUAUUUGGAACGGUUCGACAUAUGUCGCCGCACGAAAUCCGAUAUGGAUGAGAAGAAACUCACUGCAUAUUUCCUACAUUUCGUUGGCAAGGAGGCGUACACGUUGAUCAACAAUUUAAUCGUAACCCUAAUUCGACGGCUCAAAGAUUUGGGAAAUGCGAGUCUUGUGGACGAAAACAUUCCAGGUAUUUAUGCCCCCACGGACGAGCGAAGUGUUUUAUCUGCGGUAAAACAGGCCACAUUCAACUUGUCUUUUCAUGCUAACUUCACUGGUUCAAAUAGGAUGCCCUUCAAACCCAUCGUGCCACCCCCAGAGUUUCUGACGAAGGCAGAGGUUACCCGACCCACCGGUCGCUCGCCUAACAAAAUUUCCACCGUACUGACCAACGUUCAGAGACGAAAUGUUCAAACGUCCGCACCCGCGGAAUCCAGGGACUUGACCAUGUUUCAGAUGGCUGCACAGGGUGAGCUUCUGCUUCUUCAAAGAGAAAUUGAGAAUCGGGCUUAUUCUCUAGAUUUACAAGAUAACCAGGGUUUUUCGCCUCUGUUGUGGGCUUGUGCCAACGGACAGAAGGGUGCGGUCGAGCUAUUGCUUUAUCAUGGUGCCAAUAUGCUACUCGCCGGCGAUAAUGGUGAAAAUGGCCUUUUGCUUGCCGCUUGCAGGGGCCAUUAUGAUGUGGUCCUCUACCUGCUGCGAGCUGGUUUCCCAAUUAACCUGUCGGACGAACUGUGUAAUACUGCGCUCAUGUUCGCUGCGUACCACAACAAUGCAGCCAUCGUAUCUUUAUUGUUGGACUGGGGUGCUGAUGUGACCGUAACCAAUGCGGACGGCUGGUCUGCGUUGGACUUCGCUGUCAGACGGCGGUCGCGUGCUAGUCAACGUCUGAUUGAGAAACACAUAGUAUCGCUUAUUCAGGGGCAAUGACACGUUUCCUACCGCAUUUACCGUUGCAUUUCCACCACACUUUUUCUAUCCGAUUUGAUACGUCUUUUCGUCUUAUUUUUUCAACGAUACAAUACAGAUGCG